GAAAGACCCUUUCUAAUGGAUCUCAAAAGCUCCCAAGAUCAACGUCAACCCAAGUCCCAAAAACUCCAAAUAUUCUUUGUUCCCAAACGAGAUGUUCGUUAUGCGUUAGCUUUAUUCAUCAUAAUAAUCUCUUCCUUCAUUAUUUCAAGACUUGUUGGCCCUUUCGAUCGCGGGUUGUUCAGGUUUCGCUUCGGCUUCUUGUCCCCGCCGAUUCUUUCCAAUAAUUCUAAAACGUCGUCGUUGGAUGGCCACUGCUGUGAUUAUUCGUAUGGGAGAUGGGUUUGGGAUGAGACUCGUCUUCUCGAGUCCUACAACGAGAGCUGCCAAUUUCUCGACCCCGGAUUCCGUUGCCGCCAAAAUGGACGGACCAACGAAGAUUUCCGCCAGUGGCGGUGGCAACCCGACGGCUGUGAUCUUCCCAGAUUUAACGCCAGCGAUUUCCUAGAGAGAAGUCGAAAUGGACGAAUAGUGUUCGCAGGAGACUCCAUUGGAAGGAACCAGUGGGAAUCUUUAUUGUGCAUGCUAGCUCAGGGAGUGUCCAAUAAGUCGGCAAUCUAUGAAGUCAAUGGCAAACCCAUAACCAAACACAAGGGCUUUCUCUCUAUGAGGUUUACCGAGUAUAAUCUUACUGUUUCGUAUUACAGAGCUCCUUUCCUUGUCAUCAAUGGCCGCCCACCCAAGAAUUCGUCCAAACAAGUGUUCAGCUCUGUUAAAGUUGACCAGUUGCACUGGUAUUCCAAGUACUGGAUGGGAGCUGAUGUUUUGGUCUUCAACGAUGGGCAUUGGUGGAACAAGGACAAGACAACUAACAUGGGCUGCUAUUUCGAAGAAGAUAAAAAGAUUAAUAUGACGAUGGAUGUUAUGGAAGCUUUUCGAAGAUCCUUGCAAACAUUGAAAUCUUGGGCAAUAAACAGUCUUGAUCCUGAAAAGAGCCAUAUAUUCUUUCGUAGCUACUCCCCAGUACAUUACAGGAACGGCACAUGGAAUGAAGGAGGCAACUGUGAUAUCCAUGUAGAACCAGAAACAGAUUACCAGAAACUUGAAUCCGAUCCACCCUAUAAUCAGAUCAUGUAUAACGUGAUCAAACAGAUGGAUUAUGGAAAUUGGAAGGUCAAGUUCUUGAACGUCACAUAUCUAACAGAGAUCAGGAAGGACGGUCACCCUUCCAAGUAUCGCGAACCUCGAACCCCACAAUUUUCUCCACAAGAUUGUAGCCAUUGGUGCCUACCUGGAGUACCAGACACAUGGAAUGAACUUCUUUACGCUCAUCUACUAUCGAAAGGAUUCAAAACCAAGUGAAAUAGUAAUGUAGAGAGUAGAAGAAAAAUACCUUUAUAAUUUGGAAAAGAUUUUCAGCUUCAACUGUACAUAGUCAAGGAUUAAUUAUACUCAGGCCAGUUCCUCUA